CAAUUUCAUAUCUCAAUUGAGAUCGUUGAUCGAAGAUGAUGAAACGAAGAUUUUUGAUAAUUUUCCUUGCACAUGUUUUAAACAUCGGUCUAUCUGAUAGGAAUAUAUGUUUAGAAGAUGUUGAUAUUACACUCGGGACGUCUUCGUCGACAUUUGGUGAACUAACGACUUCGGAAAUAGAUGAAGUGAUUCGUUAUAUUGGAAAAGAAUUAAAUGCCGUGCCAUCAACAACAGCAACUGUUUCUGAUACUUUCGCAUAUGUGAUUGAGAAGAAACCUACUCGUAAGGAAGAUGCUUUGAACCAUGUUGAUCAUGAUGGCCCAGUGCCCAUUCGAGAAGCAAGCGUUGUCUUAGUCACUCCAGAGGAGGUAGCAGAGUAUACAGUAGGGCCGUUACCUAAUCCAACAUACCAUUUCAGAACAGAAAAACCAAAAUGGCGUCGAAGUGACUUGCGAUUUAUAGAUCGUCCAUUCUACACACCUGCUGAUUUCGUAGCUGUUGAUACGCUCAUUCAAAAGGAGGGACUAAAGCUUAAAUUAUUAAUGCAAGAAAGUUUUAAUGGAUACGAUAUGGGAUAUGACUGUCUUAGAGAUUGUAUAACUUUCAGUCUUGUGAGAACGAACGUAUUCCAGAAGAAUCGCUUCAUGUGGGUUUAUUUUAAACGUAAGUUUGACAUUUCACUCGGUUUGGACCGCUUGUAUCCUCUACCCUUACAAAUGUUGUUGAAUGUGACAGAUCGCGAUCCGAGUAAAUGGAACACCAUCCAAAUUUGGUACAAUGACCAUUUUUUUGAUUCCAUUGAUGAUUUGAUAACAAAAUAUAACAAUGACACAAUAACUAAGGUGAAAAUACAAUCAAGUGUAGCUGACAUGUUUUCCUCAUCCCUAAGACGUCGUGAAGACGAGUUCUCUGAGUCGAGUAGAAAGAGGGGGCCAGAUUGCUUUCCUCAAGAUGGCAGACGCUACUCCAUUGACGGGCGUCGCAUCAAAUAUAUGAACUGGGAAUUCGAGUUUACUAAUCGACAAUCGACGGGCCCACAGUUGUUUGAUAUUCGAUUUAGGAAAGAAAGAAUCGUAUAUGAGUUGAGCCUACAGGAAAUUUUGCUAUUGUAUUCUGGCAAUAACCCAGUUAGCCGUGAUGCAAACGUAGUCCUGGACAGUGAGAUCGUUAAUGGAAAUUUUAUCUCCCCAAUGGCUCCUGGUGUCGACUGUCCCAAAGGUUCAAGCUAUUUCAAUAGUACCAUAUACAACUACCAUUAUGGCACGAGCGCAGUGAUUCCGAACGCAUUUUGCAUCUUCGAGGACAUCGAUGGUCCACCUUUGAAACGCCAUUAUGAAUAUACAUUAGAUAGAAGUUACGCAUUCUACGCUGGUAUGCCAAACAAUGCAUUAGUUCUUAGAACGAUGCAAACCAUUGACAAUUAUGAUUACAUUUAUGAUUUUAUUUUCUAUCAGAACGGAGUGUUAGGCACCAAAAUUGCGGCAUCUGGUUAUGUAGCAACUGAGCCUACAACAAACAAAAAGAGAGCGAAACAAGACCAGUAUGGAUUUCAGUUAAAUGAUAAUGUUCUUGCCAUGCUUCACCAACAUCUUUUCAAUUUCAAAGUUGAUAUGGACAUUAAAGGAAGAACCAAUAGACACGAAACACUCGCUGUUAAAGUAAGACCAACAACUCUAAAUGUAGGAAACAAUAUACGGGAUGAAACAUACGAACAAUACUUAAAAACAAAUGCCAAAAGCACAGAAAAACAAGCUAGAUAUAGGUUUAAAUACUCUCAGCCUAAGUAUUACACGUUUUACAACAAGGAUGCGUCUCAAAGUAAAUUGAAAUACAACAAAGCGUAUUAUCUAGACAACCAAGGAGCAAGCAAAUUCUUAUUCCCAGAUAAAUGGUCUAAAAUGGGAUCGGUGGCAUGGGCAAAAUAUCAGUUAGCAGUAACCAGACAUCAUGAUGACGAAGACACAAGUUCGACAAUCUACAAUUCAUUCGAUCAACUGGAUCCAGUUUUGAAUUUUGACUCGUAUAUUUCUGACAAUGAAAAUAUCAUAGAUGAGGAUCUUGUUGCAUGGGUCACAGUCGGAAUGCAACACCUACCAACACCCGCAAAUGAUAUUCCGGUUACAAUGACUGCUGGGAACUCUUUAAGUUUCUAUUUGAAACCGUUCCAUUAUUUUGACGAGGACCCAUCAAUGACUUCGCAUGAUAAUGUUUUUAUCACUCCAGGGAGAAAUGGCAAAGAGAAUAUUACUGAAAAUAAAAAUAAUGCAAAGGAAAACUGUUGCCCACCUAAGGAUAAUAUUCGUUUUGAUAGUCCGAUCAUAUGAUUCGUAUUGGACUGUACAAACCCUUAGGGGUUAGUUCUGAAAUCUUAUUCAUUUUGUUUUUAGUUUGGGACAUUGAGGUUUUCUUUUAACUGUUUGUGUUCUAAAGCCCGGUAUACACCAAUGGGGCAAGUUGGGACCUCCAUAGACUUAACAUUGCGUGGG